AUUGGUUGUGGACUGAAGCAGUGAUCUUACGAGCAGAGGCUGAGGAUACCGGGUGUGAAAGCGAGCUGCAAACAUGGAGAGGUUGUGGUUGGUGCGGUGGCAGCUGCUGCUGUUUCCGCUGCUUCUGCUGCUGUUGUCUAACUGCGAGGGGAGAGAGUCGGAGUUAAACUAUGUGACUUGCGGCUCGCUGGUCAAGCUGCUCAACACCCGACACAACGUCCGUCUACAUUCACAUGAUGUCAAAUACGGCUCAGGUAGUGGACAGCAGUCUGUAACUGGAGUGGAGAGUGCUGACGAUGCUAACAGUUACUGGCAGAUCCGUGGGAAGCCAGCACGUCCAUGUCAGCGUGGGUCAGCCAUCAAAUGUGGUCAGCCCAUCCGGAUCACACACAUGAAGACCAGCCGGAACCUUCACACACACCACUUCAGCUCCCCUCUGUCUAAUAACCAGGAAGUCAGCGCCUUUGGAGAGAAUGGAGAGGGUGACGAUCUGGACGUGUGGACAGUCCAGUGUGAUGGAAUCUACUGGGACCGUGAUGAGCCUGUGCGCUUCAAACACGUGGGCACAGACGUCUUCCUUGGCAUCACAGGCGAGCAGUACGGCCACCCAAUCCGUGGCCAACGCGAGGUGCACGGCAUGAGCACCCCCAACCAGCACAACUUGUGGCGCACCAUGGAAGGUGUGUUCAUUCAGCCCAGCCAGGAGCCGCUCCGGCACGAUGAACUCUGACAUCUGUUCCAGGACAAAUAGAUUUUGGACACGCUUUCUUCUGUUGUGGGGCUUUUGCAGCUCACCUGAGCCAAAUGUUUUUGUGUGAGUGAUGUAGAUAAGGACUUUUUAUGUGACAAGGUGGAAAAUGUUCAUUUAUUCUACACACGCUGUAGUCCCACAUGCAGACUUGAAUUACCCACUCAACCUGUCAUGAAUGUUCUCUAUUCACUCCUUUGUUCUGUUAAUGAAAGAUACAGAAUCGUUACUUUAAAUAGUGAGACUGUGUUUUGAAUGCAGUCAUUGUUUUUGUUGAUUUGCUGCAAUGCACUUAGGAAGGAAAAAUACAUGAUGAAAGUACUAAUGCCAUUUACACCCAGUAAAGCUUUCUGACAAACUUU